AACACCCCUUCCUGUCAAGGCAUCCUCCCUGAAUCAGCCUAUGUCAACGCCCCUAUUUGGGGCUUGGACGCUGGCGUUUCAGAGCUGAAGCUUCUCAGCAAGCUGCAGCGCCAGCAGGAGAAGCAGAAUCACGAGCCCGUUCGUCAAGACCAGCAGGAGAAUCUACCCCAAGACCAACGGGACUUCAUGCUCAAGGAGCGCUGGCUCAUCUGGAUGCCGCGCUUUGGGCUGGGCAACUCGCUCAGGGCGUACACUUCGGCGUUUGUCUUUGCCCUGCUGUCGGGACGGAGGCUGCUGCGCUGGCACGGGGGGAACCACAAGCAGGUCUUAGACCGUUUGUGCCACGCAUUUUACUGUGGGAUAGACGAGCUGCACUAUAUAGGGGAUAUCGGCAAGCAUGCAAAGCUCAUGGACGCACGGAGGCUUGAGAUGCAUGGCUUGGACUACAGCCCAAAUGUUGUGGCUGUUUACUCAGGGGCGUUCUUCGACCGAUUGUGGCGCACAGAUUCCCAGCUGAACCAGUGCGUGAGCGACGCCUUCGCCUGCACCUCCCUCUGGUGCAUUCGCUCCAAAGUGCUCUCUCUUCUCCUCGGGAAAGGUCCAAGGCCGGGAAUGCAAGAGGUGGUUGACAGGGACCUCAGGGUGGUGCCGCCGCUGGUGCCCCGAGCGGGAGGGGUGGAAGCGGUGGGGAUGAAGGAGGCGGGGGUGGAUGGAGGGGAGGUGGAAGGAGGGAAGGUGGAAGGAGGGAAGGUGGAAGGAGGGAAGGUGGAAGGAGGGAAGGUGGAAGGAGGGAAGGUGGAAGGAGGGAAGGUGGAAGGAGGGAAGGUGGAAGGAGGGAAGGUGGAAGGAGGGAAGGUGGAAGGAGGGAAGGUGGAGCCUCAGAUGGUCAAGAAAGGGGAGGGGCUGAGGCUGCAGUUUGACGUGGCGCUUCACAUCCGUGGACACGCAAUCAACGUGGAGGGCGUGUACUGUGCCAACAAGGACAGGAAAUGCCGGGAGAAAGCGCAGCGGGGAGAGCAAAUCCGGGAGCAUGCAUACAUGAGGCCCCGGCAGUGGCGCUGCAUUGCCAGGCUGAUGCAGUUCCUGCGCAUCAAGAAGGCCGCUGCGGGUGGUUUCACUAAUGCCACAGCUGCUGCUGAUGGGUCUGCCAGUGCCACAGGCCAUACUGUUGGGAUCUUCGACAGUAAAGUCUCUCAUGCUGCAGUCAACACUGCCGCCGAGUCAGGCAAAGAGCAUCCACGGGGAGGUGCUAAGCUUCACCAGCUGUUCACUUGUCAAAAUCUGGUGGGGACUAUCUAG